CGAUGGAAGCGCCAAACUCAGAAUCUUUUUUCGACACAAGUCAAUUACUACUAUUUUUCUACUCAUCGCCGGAGCAACGACAAUGCUUGCUAAAACGCUGGUGGAGGUCGGAUCCGACGCCGUCGCCGUCGUCUCGAUCAACAAUCCACCUCUCAAUUUGCUAUCCUUCGACGUGAUGGUUAGCAUUAAAGAGAGUAUUGAAGGAGUUCUGUCGAGAGAUGAUGUCAAAGCGAUUGUUAUUACUGGUACAAACAGAAAGUUUUCAGGUGGAUUUAAUGUGACAGUUUUUGGUGGUAAACAAGAAAAGAGUACAAAAGAGGAGAUUGGAUUUCUGUCGAUCAAUUUUAUCACCGACACUCUGGAAGCUGCAAAGAAACCUAUCGUUGCUGCUAUUGAUGGCCUUGCUCUUGGCGGUGCAAUGGAGAUCGUUCUUGCAUGUCAUGCCCGCAUAUCAACUUCUUCUGCAAUAUUAGGCCUUACUGAACUUCAGUAUGGGGUCGUCCCAGGACUUGGAGGAACUCAAAGGCUUCCACGGCUUGUGGGCCUUCCAAAGGCUUUGGAAAUGAUGUUGAUGUCAAAGCGAGUAGAUGGGAAGGAGGCACAGAUUUUGUCCCUUGUGGAUGCCAUUGCUCCAGCCGAUAAACUUCUUGAAGUAGCUCGCCGCUGGGCUUUGGACAUAGUGGAGCAUACUAAACCAUGGGUGAUUAGUCUUUAUAAAACUGACAAAUUAGGAACCCUGGAAGAAGCAAGAGCAAUUCUUAACUCUGCCAGGAUGGAAGUCCAUAGACAAAAUCCAAAUGUACAGCACCCGUUAGUGUGCAUCAAUUUGAUCGAACAGGGCAUUGUUUCGGAUCCCCGUGAUGCACUAUGGACGGAAACAAUGGCUCUCCAUGAACUUCGGCAAUCUAGUACAUGCAAGAGCCUAGUCCACUUUUUCUUUGCUCAGCGCCAAACCACAAAGAUUUCUGAGGUGAAGUUGCUGCCAAAAAAUAUAGACAAGGUUGCUGUUAUUGGUGGUGGAUUGAUGAGCUCUGAGAUUGUAGCAUUACUUCUUCUAAAGAAUUGCCAAGUCAUCUUGAAAGAGCAGAACAGGGAGCAUCUGUUGGAAGAAAUGAACAAAAUCAGAAACAAUUUGUACACCCACUUCAAAUAUGGAAAGACAACUCAACAGGGGCUUGAAAAGGCUUUAACUCUAUUGAAAGGCGUUCUUGAUUAUGACAGCUUUGAAGAUAUUGAUUUGGUGAUAGAGGCUGAGUGCGAGACUUUAUCAAUCAAACAAGAUAUUUUUACUGAUCUUGAGAAGCACUGUCCCCCGAAUUGUAUUUUUGCUAGUAGUAGCUCAACAUUCAGUUUGGGAUUAAUCGGUGAAAGGACCAAAUGCCAAGAUCGGAUUGUUGGGAUUAACUUUUUCUGCCUCUCCCCUGUCAUGCCGCUAAUGGAAAUAGUUCGUACUGAGAGGGUGUCAUCUCAAGCAAUGGCUGAUGUAUUAGGUUUUGCAAGAAAAUUUAGGACAACUCCAAUUGUUGUCAGUGAUUGCAAUGGUCAAGGAGUCAACAGCAUGGUUGUUACAUAUUUGCACGCAUCAAUGUUGCUUGCUGAAUUAGGUGUGGAUGUUUACCAGAUUGAUCGAGCUCUAAAAAGCUUUGGGAUGGACUUGGGUCCCUUUAGAAUGAUUGACAUGGUUGGACUCAAAGUUUUUAUGGAGAUUAGCAGGAUACUUAUUGAGCGUUUCCCAGAUAGGUUCUACAAAUCUAAACUGAUUCCAGUUCUGCAGAAUGCUAACCGUGAAGGUGAAAGUACUUUUAAGGGUUUCUACAAAUAUGAUGACUGCGGCAAGGCUAUCCCAGAUCCGGAGUUAAGGAAGUACACAAUAAAAGCCACAACUGAACAACUGACAAAACUGUCCAAUACUGAGAUAGCUGAGAUGAUCCUUUUUCCUGCUUAUAAUGAAGCAUGCCGUGUAAUCUCAGAGGGAGUUGUGAUGAGGCCAUCCGAUCUUGAUGUAGCCUCUGUAGUGGCAAUGGGCUUCCCCUCAUAUAGGGGAGGCAUCCAUUACUGGGCCAACAACUUUGACUCCGGAUAUGUAUAUUCAAAAUUGAAGAAUUGGUCGGAGGCAUAUGGAGGCUUUUUCGAGGCAUGUGACUACAUAAUAGAGCAAGCUGGGAAGAGCACACCUGUGGUGAGUAAUACAAAACUUCAAACUGAACAAUAUCUAGAGGCCAAGCAGAUAAAGUCCCAGUUGUAAAAUGCGAAUAUUGCGUCAUUGAUUGCUUCCCUAUGGAAAAGAGACGUAGUAAAGUUAAAAAUCAUGCUACAACUGUUAAAUUCCGAUAACUUUCUUAUUGAAAUUCCAAUUUGAUCUUCGUUUUA